GUAGAAAGUCUUGAAGGUCUUGCGUUGCUUUGGGGCAUUGGGCUGUUCUGGUGCGCUUCAUGGCAUAAGGAGGGGAAUCUGUAUGGUGCGCAUCUGCUUGUGGAGAUUUUAAAAACGCAGAUACACCGGUGCUUGUGCAUCGGCAUGUCUCUUGAGCUUAUUAGGGGGAAUUCCGUCAUUCAAUAUGAUUCUUCUUUUACGGACUGCGUGCUCAUUCAUUUUCGACUUACGGAUUCAGCCUUGCGAGAUUUGGAAGAGUUAGCCUUCUCACAAGGUGGUACAUUCAGGUUGACUGUAUCGAGCGGUAACAAGUCUUUCAUUGUACCACAUCCGAAGUGUCCAAAAAAAUUUACCUUUACAUCCUCUGGCGUGAAAGGCACUACGGACGGUUCCCUCGACUGCCUUCGAUUAUUGAACGGUACCGUUCACCACCUUGGAAAAAUUAGUUCCAGAUACACGGUAAACGCUAAAGAAGAUAGCUUUUCCAUGGCCAAGGAGCGCAUGGUACAGCUAGGAGACGUGAACCGCAAACAAAAGACAAGGGAGCUUGGCACAUGCAAAAGGAAGUCACGUAGCUCUGGCUUUCCUGGCGUCCACAACUCCGGCGCAGGAUUUGCUUCUGAACAACUUUCUAACUCGUCACGUGGCAUGGGUAUUGUCCAUCAGACCGAUUCUCCUAGUUUGUCUCAGGUCCACUCAGACGUUUCCGAGGCCAAACACAGUUCUUUAUUGCCCAACCCUUCCUUACAUCAUAAGACGCUCAGGGAGCGGGUCGUUCAUAUUCUCGCCUUACGACCGUACGGCCGACCGGAACUUUUGCUCCGUCUGACACGUGAUGGACUUACACAAUCCCAGAAAAAUGAAUUGGACGAUGUGCUUUCUAAAGUUGGCCGCAUGAACCGCAGCUGUGCGUAUUCACUGGACCCCUCUGCUAUAUCUGAGUUAGAUACGAAUUGGCCUGGGUUCUCGACUUCUGAAAGAAACCGAAUCAUUUUGCUCAAGGAGUCAAAGCAUGUGCGCUGUCCCCUUUCCGAAAACUCACCAUCAUCUUUACGGCCCCUUGCGAAUCCGCCUUGCAAUUCCUCCUCCCCAGCUCAGUCAUUCACAUGUCAAGCUGUCCACUCUGCUGAGGAUGUGUUUGUUCGGCGUCCAACAAGGGCCAGCGCACCAGUCGCACCCCAUUCUUUGAGCAAAAUGAUUGCCGCCUUAGAUCUGCUUGCUAGCGGGGUUAACCCAGCAGUGGUUGCCGAACGUUUGAGUGUCAGUCAUGAGCUACUUGAAAAAUGGCGCACAAAGGAGUCACAGCUACGGGAGCGUCAACAUCGUUUGCGUCACAAUGUGUGUACGGAUUCCACGAAUUCGGUGACCACAGACUCUCUUGCACUUGCGGCUCCUUCUCGGAUUGGAUCUCAACGCCCCAAGCGUAAUUACUCCGCACAGGCAACUCCCCCUACUAUCUCUCCUUCGUCGGCCGAAACCGCUUCGUGCAAGCGAACCCGUUUCGACCCUCUUUACAUUUCAAUGGAACAAAAAACAACCGGCGUUGUUGGUCCCGAAUCUCAGUCCAAAGGUCGCUCUUCGCCUGGUUCACCCCUGUUCCUCGCUUAUGAUCGUCAACAUUCCAACCUGAUUUCUUCAAAUGACUGGAUUACACCUAACCGUACCGAGCUACUAUCAAAUGCUCAUUCCCAUUCUAAUCUACGAGAUUCCCUUCCGACUAGCCUUUGUCUGCCCACUCGCCAAUCCCGGUUUUGUUCCCUAUCUAGCACUGUCGGUGGCAGUUGUGGUGGUGUCGGAAGUGAGGGCGAAAGUGCUCCUCAUACCCCUUACUCCAAUGUGAGUUCCGGCGGAUCGGAUGGGCACGCCGCCCCUGUUCAUCUGCGUGCCUCAAGCCUUUGUGUUCCCUUCACCGACCGGGAUCCCGUUCGCGUCCAGCUUAAUUCAAGUCGACCAUCAUCGUCCACAUCUUAUGACUUGGAUGAUGGCUCAUAUAUGCUUCAUCUCUCCUCGGGAUACUUUCGUGAUUCCGACAUAGCUAAUCCCACAACUCAGCAACCGACUAAUUUGUCAACGAAAGUUACCGAUGCAGUCUCUGGAACUUCCAUGUCUUCCGAUAUCCCCGCGCUCGCUGAGCUCAACCGGUAUGUCGAUCACGGCGGGUUUACUCAGCUUUUCGUCUCACCUCUCACGCUUCUGUUCUUCAUUGAUUCACUGCAUGGUUUCCAAAUCACGAUACUCUAGUUUCGACAAUUCGGCUGUUACUAUGUUUUCGACUUACUGAUUUGAUGAUUGUUGUCAGCUCGGACAUUUGGUGAAGCUGCUGGCCCUUUUCUUCUACUCAUGAUCCUAACCAGUAGCUUUUAGCUCUUUAUGUCUUUAUCACACUUUUUGCGUUUAAUUAUUUCGUCUGCGCAUCACUACCAAAUUAGACUAAUAGUCCAACGAAUACUCGGUCAUGCUGACUUGGUGUGUUAUACAGUUCUGGCCAACCUGUGUACUGAGUUGCCUUGGCAUAGCUAUCCACUGAGUGGUGAUUGCCAAUCGCUCCUGACUAUCUGCCAUAGCGUGACGGAGGCCAAACGAUCUUUCCGAUGCUGCACGCUCGCGUUCGUCCAUCCUACUCGUUAUAUGAUGGCAUAUGGUUCUCUCAGUUUUUAUAGAGAAGUGCAAUUCUUCACAAUUUAUGCAUUCAGCAAGGAUUGUUUAAACGCUUUUGAUGGCACUUCUUUCCGUCUUUGUGCUGCUCCUUUCUUUUUAUUUGUACUGGUUGCCUACUGCUGUCCCUAUUCCAUGUUUUUUUUCACAUUUUUUCCACAUUUUAUGUCUACGUAUCUUCAUCCAUUCAUGAUGUCCCGCCUUCUUUGUCGUAAGUGGCAUGGUGAGCAAUGUAUCUUAGAAAGUACAGAUGAGUCUCCCUGCCCUCUAUGGUUGACUGCAUAUUCGGUCCUCAAAUAUUUCUCUCAGAGGUUGCAAAACAACAUCAACCAAAUGUGCCACUCUUAUUUGACUUUACUGUCGAACGUCUUAUUCAACCAAAGCUUUACACUGCCUUUACACUAAUCUUAUUCUCUUUUUUUUGGUAAUUGCACAAUCUGCUUGCAUUUGCGAACUGUUCUAGCGCUUUCUUUUCGAUUCCUGUCUGCAUUUUUCUCAUUUUGGGGUUAAGCAAGUAAUGACCAUACGGAAUUAACACUGGCGCUAAUCCAAGGGAGACGUAUUCGGUCUCUGGAUUGUAAUCUUCGCCACUUCAAUCGCAAUUACUGUUUCACACUGCUGCACGCUUACCGUUCUUGAUGGGAUAGAAGACAGAUAUCUUUCAGCCACUGAUUUCUCACCUGUAAAUGUGAUCAAUGCAGUUCAUGGUCACCGUCAGUAUGCAAAACUCAUACCAACCUUUUUAUCGGGAUGUUAUUGACAGUCACAUUCUGAUUAACUGUCACUUUUAGAGUCUAGUUGUCAACGAAGUACGUUUAUCACAUAUUCUUGGGUCCGCUAUUGAGAAAACGUUUUAGCACUUUUUAGAAAUUGUUCAAUCUUGUUUCAUCACAAUGACACUCUGCCUUGACGUGUUGCGUUAGCCUGCAUGUCCUUGACCUAUUGAACGCUACACAUAUCCGACAUGUCGAUGGUCUGUGGUCUGUCUUCAAGCGAAUCUUGGUGGAGUCAAUUUCCCUAUUUUAACAACAUUCUAUCAUCGGAGAUAACGGUGUACGGGUCAUAAGCUCAAACUUAUUGACCUGUCCGAAGGUUAGCGAGACGAACUCUUGUUGGUUUGCUACCACUCGCUUGGAGUUUGAAUGCUCCUCAUCAAAAGGAUGCGAACCUGCUGUGGCCCACCGGCUGUUGGUUGCGAUCUCAGGUGUAUGAUUUACGUCGGGAGAAAAACGCAUUGAAUCUUUUGUUUCACUGAAGGGAACACUACACCUCGCUACAUGUGUCGGACCAUUUCUUCACUGCUUAGAGAUGUUUACUCCCAACCGAAGCCUCCCUAUUAAUGGGCGAUCGGGGAUUAUCAUCUACCCACAGAACUCCGCCAUCAGUGUAGCUUCAUUUAGGCUGUUUUUUCCAAGCUAACUACAAGGGGAAUCACACUGACUUCGCUACUCUUAUUUUUAUUUACCUAAAUCCCCCCGCAGACCAAAAGUUCUGUUCCACUUUGCUUCAUGGUCAACACUGGCACCUCGGCCAUUAGGCAACCAUUGCUUUAAACUACACUGUCUUGGAAUCGAUGAGGACCGUCAUUCCUAUUCACCCAUGUAAUUUAUCAGCUUCAUCGCAAACCUUUGACUGUCCCGAUUGUGCACACGUUAACCGUAUUCUUCGUGUCUCUGGUACUAUCAGCUCAGUGGUUAGGGCUAUUUACCUUCAGACUAUGGACAAUGUUUGAAGACAGCUCCUUUUUAUUACUUAGUUGUACUAUACCACCGACGGCAACUCCAAGGCCCGAAGACGGAUUUUAUCGGUAGAUGUCACUUUUGGUCUCUACAAUCAGAAAUACCAGUCAUUACUCAAUGUCAUUUUACAGGUUCGCUAGAGGUGGGAAGCACCUCAACUACUGUGCCGUAAUACAU